AUGGCGUCAUCUGGCCCUGGUGCCUCCAACACCAUCAAGGUGGUUGCGAGAUUUCGACCGCAGAAUAAAGUCGAGCUGGCCUCUGGAGGAGAACCUAUUGUCGAGUUUGAAAACGAACAGUCAUGUCUGAUCAACUCCAGGGAAGGCUCCGGAGCUUUCACUUUCGAUCGGGUGUUCCCCAUGGACUCCAAGCAAACCGAUAUCUUCGAUUUCUCGAUCCGACCCACAGUUGACGACAUCUUGAACGGGUAUAACGGAACCGUGUUCGCCUACGGUCAAACCGGCGCGGGAAAGUCCUAUACUAUGAUGGGUUCGGAUAUCGACGACGACAUGGGGAAGGGUAUCAUCCCGCGUAUUGUCGAACAGAUUUUCGCCAGCAUUCUCACGAGCCCGAGUAAUAUCGAAUACACCGUUCGCGUCAGCUACAUGGAAAUCUACAUGGAGCGCAUCCGCGAUCUCCUCGUGCCCCAAAACGACAAUCUCCCCGUCCACGAGGAAAAGUCCCGCGGUGUUUACGUCAAGGGUCUGCUAGAGGUCUACGUGUCGAGUGUCCAGGAAGUUUAUGAAGUGAUGCGCCGGGGUGGCAACGCGAGAGCGGUGGCAGCGACCAACAUGAACCAAGAGUCCUCUCGAUCCCAUUCCAUCUUCGUCAUUACCGUUACGCAGAAGAAUCUGGAGACAGGCUCAGCCAAGAGUGGCCAACUCUUUUUGGUUGAUUUGGCUGGUAGUGAAAAAGUUGGCAAGACUGGUGCGAGCGGCCAGACCCUAGAGGAGGCCAAAAAGAUCAACAAGAGUUUGAGUGCCUUGGGCAUGGUCAUUAACGCAUUAACUGACGGCAAAUCGACACACAUUCCCUACCGUGACUCGAAACUUACUCGAAUCCUGCAGGAGAGUCUGGGAGGUAACUCCCGUACCACCCUCAUUAUCAACUGCUCACCCAGUAGCUACAACGACGCGGAAACAAUCUCGACCCUGCGUUUCGGCGUGCGGGCCAAGGCGAUCAAGAACAAGGCGAAGGUCAAUGCUGAGUUGAGUCCGGCCGAAUUGAAGCAGCUGCUGCGCAAGGCCCAGAGCCAGGUCACCAGUUUCGAAAACUACGUGUCGGCUCUGGAGACGGAAGUUCAGUCAUGGCGAAGUGGUGAAAGUGUACCCAAAGACCGGUGGACUCCUGCGCGUGGCAACGAAGUCGUCUCCUCGACGAAGGCAGAGGCUCGCGCGCCACGUCCCGGUACCCCGUCACGGUUACAAGAGACCGCUAGGUCGGAAACGCCCCGUCCUGAUUCCAGGAUCGGCGAUCGUUCCAGCACACCCAGUCUGGUCCUAGAGAAGGAUGAGAGAGAGGAGUUCCUUCGGCGUGAGAACGAGCUCCACGACCAGAUUGCCGAGAAGGAAUCUCAUAUUGCCAAUGUGGAGAGAAGCCUGCGCGAGGCGCGUGAGGAACUGAAGACGAUGAAGGAGAACUCAGCGCGGUCGGGCAAGGACAACGACAAGCUCAACGCCGAGGUCAAUGAACUGCGCAUGAACCUGGAGAAGGUGUCGUAUGAGAGCAAGGAGGCCUCGAUCACGAUGGACAGCCUCCGCGAGGCCAACGCCGAGUUGACUGCGGAAUUGGACGAUGUCAAGCAGCAGCUCCUUGACGUGCGAAUGAAAGCCAAGGAGACCACCGCUGCUCUCGAUGAGAAAGAGAAGAAGAAGGCCGAGAAGAUGGCGAAGAUGAUGGCUGGAUUUGACCUGGGCGGAGACGUAUUCUCCGAUAAUGAACGCAAGCUCCAGGCCCUCAUUCAGCGCGUGGACUCCCUGCAUAAGAUCAGCGAAGCUGGCGAGACCAUCGCUCCCGAUGACCUUCAGGAGCUACGCGCCAGCCUGAUGGAGACCCAAGGCUUCAUCCGACAGGCAGAACUCACGAUGAAUGAUCGGGGCGAACUGAGCGAGCUGCAGGACAGCCGUCGAGUUGAACUAGAGCAGAAGCUGGCGAAUCUCGAGCAGGACUAUGAGAAACUUCUGGAACGGAACUUGGGCGAGGACGAUGUGGAAGAGAUCCGGGAGCGACUAGAGAAGGUCUAUGUUACACGCAAGGAGGCAGAGAUGCAGGCCGCCAACGAACUGCGCGAGGAGAUCUCCCGCAAGGACGAGGAGUUGACAAAGCUCCGGCAAUCGCUCGCCGACUCUCAGUCGCGCGUGUCCACGAACGGGGCUGCGGGCAAGAACCUCCAGCAGCAGAUCGCGGAAUUCGACGCGAUGAAGAAGUCGCUGAUGCGCGACCUCCAGAACCGCUGCGAGCGCGUGGUGGAGCUGGAAAUCUCGCUGGACGAUGCGCGGGAGCAGUACAACAACGUGCUUCGGUCGUCGAACAACCGGGCCCAGCAGAAGAAAAUGGCCUUCCUGGAACGCAACUUGGAGCAACUGACGCAUGUGCAACGACAGCUGGUAGAACAGAACAGCAGCCUGAAGAAAGAGGUAGCCAUUGCCGAGCGGAAGCUCAUCGCGAGGAAUGAGCGCAUUGCCAGCUUGGAGAGCCUGCUCCAGGAGAGCCAGGAGAAGCUCACCCAAGCGAAUCACCGAUUUGAAGCUCAACUCACUGCGGUCAAAGAGCGACUGGAAGCUGCGAAACAAGGGUCGACGAGGGGUCUUCCAAGUAUGGAUGGCAGCGGCGGUUUCAGUUUUGGCGGCUCGAGAAUUGCGAAGCCGCUCCGUGGCGGUGGUGGAGGGACAGACGGUAGUAGCCAGCCGCAGGAGACGGGCAAGCAACGUUCGAGCUGGUUUUUUGAUCGACGAUGA